AUGCUCCUCCGUCUGCUCCUGGUCGCCGUAGGUGUACUCCUGGAAGCCCACGUCGCUGCGCUGGCUUCGUCGAGGGAAGUGGAGGUGUCGCGUCAUCACGGCGGCGACCUAUUCAGAGACUGCAGGGGUUGCGGGCCGGACGCUGCGGAAGCCCUGGGUGGGGACUCGUGUCGGUGCCAGUGCGCGCCGUCGCACCAUACCUACCGGGAGGACAUCAGGACCUGUGUGAGGGACCUGGGGGAGUGUCGCCUAGGGGCCUUUGUGCGUCCCGGCGCGGCGAUGGAGCAGAUUCCCGUGGUGUUUCUGCCGUUGGCAGGCCAGAUCGUCCAUCCCGGAGCUCACCUGAGCCUCACAGGUGCGGCGUCCGUGCAGCCUCUCUGGUGCCGCGUGAACCGAACCCAGUACCUGAGCUCGGACGGCUGGAUCCAGGCAUCCACAGAGAGGAUUCCGCUCUUCGCCUUGUACCAGGACAGCAAUCGCACGUUCCUCCAGUGGCUGGGCGACGAACGACGACGAAGAGAACUCCAGCACAAGCUUUUGCUUUUGAGGAUUCGAUGUGCAGACGCGCAGGGUGCUGUGUUCGAACCCUGUGUCGCGUUCAGGGCAGGAUGGGCUCCCGGGGUAACCUCUAUAGAACGCAAAACCACGGACUUCACGAUCGUGGGGUUGUGUCUGGGGAUUCUGGGACUGGUAUACGUGUUAGCGGUUCUGGUCUACCUCAAAGUUCGGCAGGGAAGGCUCAAGCCGGGGUUCACAAGUUAUCUCCGGGACGAUUCGGAUACGAGUCAAGAACAAGAGCAGACUGCCCAGCAACGACAAAGGAUCCAGCAGAACCACCACGCCAGUCAGCUAACCCCUGCUCCCGAAACAAGCAAGGAACGACAUACGGCUGAAUGUAACUCCUUCCGGCGUGCAGCCUUGCAGCUCAGCUUGAACCCUGAGUUGCUCGAACCGGAGAUGCUGGCUAGUCCACCACCACCUGCUCAAGAGUUCCUCGUCAAAAUACGGGAGAUGAUCUCCGCCGCCAGGGCGAGGCUGCGUAACUUCCGGUUCCGGCCUACCCUCAUGGACAUCCCGGAGGACGACUACUUCUAUUACCAGCAGCACCAGUUCCAGCACAAGAACGGUGGCAUCCGGCACAACCCACUCCUCAGCGUUGAGUGCCACCGAGUCUUCGAGAUCAACGAGAGCUUUAGAGACUCUGAGCUCAAGUCUACCGUAGAACCAGACUUCCCACCGCUGCCACCACAGCGACGCAAGCGGCGGUCCAGGGACGACGACGACGAGCAGGUCAGGUUCGACAGUUUCCGCAAGGAUCUCUACGAGAAGCUGCAGAAGCUCAAGGAAAUAAGAGACAUGCAACGGCCGGACAGACGCGAGGACCCUUGUGACACUCCUCCGUACGAGAACGUUGUUCCGAGUCCUCCACCCAAAGGUCUUCCUCACGCACCUCCACCGAGACCACCUCCGAGAGUUACGUCUCCGUCGACUUCCAAGGACAUCGACGAAGACAUCGUGUCAUCGAGUGCUGAGAACGAGUCGUUCUGUUCGCCCUGUGACUCUCUCAAUUCCAGGGGACGUAAGGAGCUGUCCAUUCCUCCAGACCAAACACUGCUUGAGGCCCUCGACGAGUCGAUUAUCUUUGACUCUCUUCAGGACUCUUCGUGCCACUUCGACACUAUGGACUCCCUCCAAGAGUUACCGCAACAGCCCUUCCCGGCCAUAGAUAUAUCUUACCAGGACUGCGGGAGGACGCCUUGUCCAAGAGGCUUCGACGCCAUGGAAGCGUUGCGGAAAGAAGCGAACUUCGUGCACGUGUGCUCGCGUGACCUGCCACACCAUAGUGUAGAAGUGUCUUCCAUAGAAUCGGACAGUCUUGUUGUGUCUGCAACGCAGUCUGACGCUGAGUAUGAUCCGGACUACUCAGAGCCGUCGGUGCGUCAGGGACAAGGGGUAGCUGUGACCCGUGUUAGGCGUCGUUUCCGGUCACGUACGCAACGCAACGGGAAGCAGCAGCAGAACGACGUCACUAUCAUCGAAGUGGGUGACUCUUCCGGCGAUGUUCUCAACGGAAAGGGAAACUUUGUGACUCUCAUAGAGCUAGAGACUUCCGAAAGUUCGAACUAG